AUGCCACUCCUCGGGGCGGGCAGUAGGGAGCCGUCCUCGAUAAAAGUUGCCAUCAGAGCCAGCGAUGUUCUCUUCACCAUCGUGGGUUUCUUCAGCGGGAGCAUUAUGGCAAUGGUGCUAUGUGUUGUUUUCAUCAAGUCUCCCGACGAAAUUGCCCGCAGCGCCGCUAUCCUCGACAACGAGAAGUUCCGGUUCCGGCGUCAGACACGCAGGCUGAUUGCCUUCAUCGCCGUCGCCUUCAUCGUCAUCCUCGCUGCCCAGGCAAUUAUCGACGGCCCCAUUAGCGCCUUUCACUCCAUGACGUUACUUUUCGACAUCACUUACACCACCAACCAAAUAGCUGUCAUAUGGAUCCUCUCCUCCUUCACGUAUGAGCCACGGCUCUUGGCCCGCUAUGGGGGCUUCUCCAUAGCGAUGCUCAUCAGCGGCCUCUGUCUGGUAUUUAAAUCCGAGGGAGAGAUCGUGCAAUAA